CGCGUGGGUGUCUCUGGCAUGUUGACAGACAGCCUCUUGCCCUACCUAGCUGGAUCUGUGACUCCAGCUUUCACAGGCCUGCCAGGGUGUGAGGUGUUCUUCUCAACCCCCAAAGCUGGGACUGUCGUCAGGGUUUAUGGAGUUGGUUUAGAGACAUAGGACCUUGGAUAGCCUGAGUAGCUGCUGCUUUCCUCUGUGAUGGGUAGGUGUUGGAGAAACAGUAGGAGAUGUCAGAGCAGGCUAGGGCUGGUCUUUUUUGGGCCAUCUAGUUUCUGGAGGGGUGGAGACAAGAAUGAGAGGCUGGCCGUGGGCACAGUUGUCCCUCUCAUUGUAGUGUUAAAGCUUUUCUCGGGGGCUGCUAGGGAUUUUUGCCAUGAUUCUAAGUUAGUGGAAGUGCCUUAGCAUGUGCCCUGUCUCCCUUGCCUUCUUGGGUCUCAGGAAUGGGAGCCAGUUCUGGAACUGACUCCAUGGAAGGGGCGGUUCCCAAUUGUAGUCCAGCCCCUUCCUGGUCCAGGGCCUCAAAUACCUGGGGUGCUUUGAAAUCAUAGGUCCAAGACUCCAGUUCAUCUUGGGCCACAUUAGGCCCUCAGUCUGCAGUGAAUCUCACUUGACUUGGGACCCUUGCAUUUUUGACAGCACCUUCUUAUUCGCAGCCCAGGUAAGUCUAGGGGUCAUUGUAGUUGGCAGCAUCUGUGCUAUGGCCUGGUAUGGGUUGGUGUUACUCUGGGACAUUCCUGUCUCCAGGCUUUCUGCUUUGCCAUCAUGGGUUGGCCCUGGGCCCCGCUGACAGUACUUUGGGCACUGGGUGCCAUGGGGGCCACAGCACUGCGCAUUGGAGCCUUCAACAUUCAGAGCUUUGGUGACCACAAAGUGUCAGAUCCAGACUGUGGCAGUGUCAUAGCACAGAUCCUGGCUGGCUAUGACAUCGUCCUGGUGCAGGAGGUGCGAGACCCAGACCUAAGUGCAGUGUCCUUGCUCAUGGAACAAAUUAACAGCGUGUCCAAGCAUGAGUACAGUUUUGUGAGCAGCAAGCCACUUGGACGGGACCAGUACAAGGAAAUGUAUCUGUUUGUCUACAGGAAAGAUGCAGUGUCAGUGGUCAGCACGUACCAGUAUCCGGAUCCAGAGGAUGCCUUCAGCCGGGAGCCGUUUGUGGUCAAAUUCUCAGCUCCCAGCUGUGCUGCGAAGGAGCUAGUGCUGAUCCCCCUGCAUGCAGCACCACACCAGGCAGUGGCGGAGAUUGACGCCCUCUACGACGUAUACCUUGAUCUGAUUGACAAGUGGGGCACAGAUGACAUGCUGUUUCUGGGUGACUUUAAUGCUGAUUGCAAGUAUGUGAAGGCGCAUGACUGGGCAUCAAUCCGCCUGCGCAGCAGUGAGGUGUUUAAGUGGCUCAUCCCAGACAGUGCAGACACCACAGUGGGCAACUCGGACUGUGCCUAUGACCGGAUUGUAGUGAGUGGUGCCCACCUGCGCAGGAGCCUGAAGCCCCAGUCAGCCUCAGUUCACAACUUUCAGGAGGAAUUUGACCUAGAUCAGAGCCAGGCUCUUGCCAUCAGCGACCAUUUUCCUGUGGAAGUGACCUUCAAGCCUCACUGACAGCUAUGGAUAUGCCGCCUGCAGACCCUCACCAGGGCCAGCUGGUGUGGACAAUGGCUGUGGACACAUUACAGGAUGACGUAGAGCCCCCGUUUCCUCAUCUGUAAGGUGGGCUAGCAUCACCUGCCUCAUGGGGCUGUUGUGAAGAGCCAUGAAAGGAAGCACAGCAGCGUUGAGCACGUGGCUGCAUGCUUAAUAAACAAGCUGCUACUGGCCAGGACACCCACAGGUCGGAGGAGGUCUCUAUGCUUUCUGAGGCCUCUGUCCCUACGCUGCAAAACUUGGGUCUUAAUGCCCAGGGGGUCUGUUUCCAUUUCAGGGAACUGGAUGGCUUAACUUGUCCACUUCACAGCCUGGAGGUGGUGGCAUGCCCACCUCUAGUCCAUGCCAGCUCCCUGUCCUCACUUCCUCUGUGCAAACUUCAAACGUUUCCAUGAACCGCCACAUGCAGCUCGGGUGCGAACAUUGUUCUGGACCCUGUGGAUUUCAGAGCAGGCCCACGGUCAUUCUGCCCUCAGGCAUCCUAGGACCCUCACCUGAAGCAGAGGCUGUGUUCUCAUCCAGCACUGCGGGAGGCAAGGGAGGCUCCCCAGUGAGCUUUCUGGCACCUUCUGAGAAGGAACCCCACACAGCAAAGGCAACUGGUUGGCACUAAGGUCCUGUCCAGCCUGGACCCUGGCUUGGGUUGAGUCCUUCAAAGGUGCCUUAUGGAGUUUCUCCCUUAAAAAUCUUUUGCUGGGCAAGACCUUGGGAGGGUGGUUUCAUGCUCAGGUGGGCCAUCACUUUAGUGGCAGGAAAAUGGUUCUGUUGACACAGGCUCUCAUGAGGUUUCUGGUUGUUAAAACUUCUUUGUGUGUGUGUGUGUUCUGUGUGUGCCUACAGAGAAACCCAAGGUCAAUAAACACAGAUCAUCUUUAGAGAAUAGGUGUGAAUCACAUGGGAAAAAACAAACAAAAAAACCUUGUGAUGGAUUAGAAGAACUUGCUUUUGUUUGUUUGGCAUUUCUGGGAAUUGAACCAAGGACCUAGUGAACUCAGUCAAGCCUCAUUCUCAGCCUACAAGUCUGAUCUUGCAAAACCUAAUGUAAGAUUCAGGACCUGGCCACCGAAUCCGCAGUAGCGGCAGCGCAUGCAGCCCGCUUGGUGGAGCGCUGGCCCAGCACGCAUGAUGCCCUGGGAUUGAUCCCCAGCAACACAUAACCAGCAGCAACGGCGCACAUCGGCAUCUCAGCCCUCAGGCGGUGGGGGCAGGAAAGUCGGGACUUAAGGCAGUCCCCAACUACAUGUUUGAAAGGCAGCCUGGGCUGCAAGAGACCUUAUCUGGAGCAGGAAUGGCGGUUUGGUCAGGGAGGAGAGCAAUGCUUUAGUCACCAUUCUCCACAUUCCUGUUCCUCAGGUUCCUGAUCGCUGUCUACUCUUUCUAAAUGAAAAAGUAUGUGGCCAGAAGGCUUUUUCUGGAGGUCCUGGUGGGUAACUAGAGACAGUGACUGUCUGCCUUUAAAGGCUCUAAUCAGACAGGCGGGAAAGGCCCGGGAGGGGCUGUAGGUGCCACCCUGAGGAUGUUGUUCACAGUUCUGCUUUAGGAAGGCAGACAUGCUGUGAGCCCUUACAAGGUUCAGAGUGGCUUGUGUGCUCGCCAAGCAGAAAGGUGCUGUGGUUGCAGCUGUAGCGCACUAGGGUUCAAGAACAGCUGCUUUGGGUGUGUGUACACUUACAUAAGCCAGAGGUCAAGGAGGUAUCUACCUUGUUUUGAGACAAGGUGACUCCCUGGCACUCACUAGUUAUGCUAGGCUGGCUGGCCAGAGAAUCCCAGGGAUCUGCAUUUUCUGCCUGUCCUGUACUGGGUUUCCAGAUGUGUCCACCAUGCCUUGCUUUUCAAGCCCUCAGGGCAGCACAGAAAGCACUUUACUGACUUCUCUACCCCAGCUGACAGGACAGUUAGUGUAGAUAAAAUGUGUGUUUUUAUAUGUAUAUAUAGCGUGUAGGUGUUAUGUGUGCAUGCGUGUGUGUUGUGUAUGUAUAAGACGUGUAUGGGUGUUUUGCCUGCAUGUGUGUAUGUGCAUAUAUAUUUGCAUGAGGUGCCCUCCAGAGGCCAGAGGGGGCAUUGGAUCCCCUGGAACUGGAGUUACAGAGGGUUAUUAGCUGCCAUGUGGGUGCUGGGAAUUGAACCUGGGUCCUCUGCA